AUGUUACAGGGGCGAUCUUCUCCUUCGAUCUCUCCGUCUCAAAGCUUCGCCAUGUUGCUUCGAUUCUGCCCGACCUCGAUCUCCUUCGAUUCAUCUCCGUCUCAAAGCUUCGCCAUGUUGCUUCGAUUCUGCCCGACCUCGAUCUCCUUCGAUUCAACUCCGUCUUCAUCGCGACGACACCUCUUAAUCUCCAUUACCUCGCUGCUCAUUCAUCAUCAUCUCCGGCCUCGAAGCACCGUCCGUCAACUCCGAUUUGCAACGAGAGGAGGUUCUGAUAGCCCAGAUGAGAUUGUGAUGCGCUGUUUGUUGAUCGAUGAAGAUCGUGAUGAUGAUGACGAUUAUGCGGCGGUGAAGAUUCAGUUAUGGAAGAGGAAGAUGGAGUAUGAUGAAGAUGAUGAAGAAUCGUUGAUUCAGAGAUUGAAGGAAUUCCAGAGAGAAGAAUGA